ACCUCGUUCAUUAGCAGCAACUACAUCGAUCAAUACCACAAACCAAUCAUGGCAGCCAGAGAAACUGUCCUCAUCGUUGGAGCGACAGGAAACAUCGGCAUAGCCGCUGUCCUAGGCGCUCUCCGAGCUCAGCUCAGCGUUCUAGCAAUUGUUCGCAACCAAACCUCCGCCGACAAGCUCUUCCAGCAUAUCGGCACACAGCAGUAUGUAACUGUAGUGGAGGCUGACAUCACGUCAGACCAAGGCGUACAAGGUGUUGUGGAGCAAGUCAAAGCUGGAAAAUUACCAUCCUUCCAGCACGUCUACGCCGCGGCCGGUGGAGCGUACUGGACAACGCCGUUGAAGGACCUGAGCACGCAGGCCUUGCGCGAGUUCAUGAAUGUCAACUUUGAAACAAACUUUUUCGCAUAUCGCGCCACUAUACCAUACUUGCUGGAGCAGAACGCGGACAACAGCUCGUGGACGUUGUGCACAGGCUCGCAAGGGGAUCUCGGACUCCGUGCAGCGCCUGCCAUCUCACAAGGGGCGCUUUUCUCAAUGGCCAGUGCAGCUGCGCGUGAGAAUGUCGAGACGAAUAUCCGGUUUAAUGAGGUUUAUCUUGCGUGUCGGGUUGAGGUGGAUGAGUCUGCGGAGAAGACGGGGGCGAUGAGGGCGUCGCGGUUUGCUGAUCAUUAUGAGACGGUUCUUUCGAGGCCAGAGAUUAGGGGUUGUCGGAUUAGUGUUUUUGGAGAUGGCGAUUUGAGGGAGCUGAGGUGUGAGACGAAGAUAAAGAAUCCGGGAUGAGAAGUAUAGUAAGGAGUUUGAAGCGAGAUAGAGAUUAGCUUAUCAUUCUUAUAUGUAUAAGUCCUGCUUGUUUAAGU